UUUUCAUCGGGAUCGGAGUGCGAGGAUAAAAAUGUCGUCUUAAAAUUUCGAGAGUCGUGAGAGACCCAUUUUGAAAAAGUUGCAAACGUUUAUGGAAUGUCGGUCGGAAAGCAGAUAUUAACUGCACCAGUUCGGUUGCUGAGGAGGAAAUCUGACUUUGCUCAAUAUUCAUCGGAUUCCAUCAGAAAUGGAUUACUUGGGAUGGUUGGAAGAACACCUCUUGUGAGAAUAAAUAAACUUAGUGAUGAAACUGGUUGUGAGAUAUUGGCCAAAGCUGAGUUCUGCAAUGGAGGUGGAUCAGUGAAAGACCGAGCUGCAUACUUCCUAAUUAAAGAUGCUGAAGAAAAAGGGCUCUUAAAACCUGGAGGGACGGUAGUAGAGGGUACAGCAGGAAACACUGGGAUAGGGCUGGCACACAUGUGCCUGGCGAAGGGCUACAGGUGUGUCAUCUUCAUGCCAAAUAACCAGUCCAAGGAGAAAAUUGAAUGUCUUCAGACUCUUGGAGCUGAAGUUUAUCCUUGCCCUGUAAAACCUUGGACUGAUCCUGAUAACUAUAAUCACCAGGCUGCUAGAUAUGCACAGAGUUUGGAGAAUGCAGUGUGGACAAACCAGUUUGACAACACAGCCAACAAAAGAGCCCACAUUGAAACAACAGGACCUGAAAUCUGGCAGGAAACUAAUGGUAAAGUGAAUGCUGUUGUGUUUGGCACUGGAACUGGGGGGACGUUGGCAGGAGUGGGCACUUACCUCAAAGAUAAAAAUAAAAAUGUCCAGGUGUUUCUAGCAGAUCCCCAGGGAAGUGUGUUAUAUAACUAUAUAAAAAAUGGAAAACUUGAGCGAACCCCUGGGGAUUCCAUAACAGAGGGCAUUGGCCAAGGACGUGUCACUCAAAACUUGAAAGACGCACCAAUCGAUGACGCUCUGGCAAUUAAAGAUGUGGAUGCUGUGGAAUGGACCUUCAGACUUCUCCAUGAGGAGGGAUUCUUCGUGGGUGCAUCUACAGGACUGAAUAUAGCUGCUGCCAAACAAGUGGCUGAGUUAAUGGGGCCAGGCCACACCAUUGUCACCUGUCUGUGUGAUACAGGCCAGCGUUACUAUGGAAAAUUGUAUAGUAGAAAGGUUCUUCAGGACAGAGGUUUGCUGGAUGCCGUGCCCGAGCCGUAUCGUAGGUCUUUGCACGACUAACACGACGGUCAUUUUUCAACUCCUCGUGGAACUGGUGGUCUUCAGACCAUGUAUUCGAGACCGACAACGUGAUAACUCAGCAAUACUCUUCCAAUCGAACAUAAGUGAUUCAAUUUAGAUUCUUUUAAAGUAUACACAGGAUUUGUAACCCAUAAACUAAAAUUAAGAUUUUGUUAAUAAGCACAUUAGUAGCUUGUGUAUGUCUUCAAAGGACAUGUAACGGUGAUUAUUUUGUUUCUAUGAGUGAAAGGAAUAUUUUUCACGGUUAUGCAAACAACCUAUGCUGCUGAUAAGCGUAAAAUAUACGCCUAUUGUUUUUCCUGGUCAAAUAUGAUAUUUGAUUAUUUUUGUGCCAUGCUGAUAUACUUUUCAAUCUUCGGUGCUAAUGUUAAAAUUACUAUUAAGAUGUUACGAACAUCCGAUCAUGUAGCAAGAUGAUAGUAAUGUGGUAGUAGCAUGAUCCGAAUUGACUAUACUAGCAUUUUUUAAUUAAAUUUUGGCGAUAUCACAAGUGUUUAUGAUCCACUCAUACAUAUUUUGUAAUUAAAAAAAUCACAAUGGAACACUGGUUUUAAUUUAUUUUAUUUUUGACAUGAAUUAGGAUUGUCCUUGCGCUGCAAAACAAAGACGAGUUUCUCGUAAAAUUUGGUAACUACGAAACGGGGCCUUGACAUUCGGGGCAUCGUUGGAAGCGUGCUAGUUAACGGUCUCGCAUACAAACCGUGGGCUUACUUGCUGAUUAGUUUUUAUAUACUAGUACAAAUGUAAAUACAUAUAUAUAUAUAUUUA